GGCUGUGUCAGUCCCGAAGGAGCGGCAGCGGGGCGGGCAGCGGGGUAGGCAGCCGCAGGUGGGGCUGCUAGCUGCCAGGGACCGAGCCCGGGAGCCCGGGAGCCCCGGAGCCCCGCGCCUGGUGUGCCCAGGAUGCCGCGCGGGGACUCGGAGCAGGUGCGCUACUGCGCGCGCCUCUCCUACCUCUGGCUCAAGUUCUCGCUCGUCAUUUACUCUACGGUGUUCUGGCUGAUCGGGACCCUGGUCCUGUCUGUGGGGAUCUAUGCAGAGGUUGAGCGGCAGAAAUACAAAACCCUUGAAAGUGCCUUUCUGGCCCCGGCCAUUAUCCUCAUCCUCCUUGGAAUCAUCAUGUUCGUUGUCUCCUUCAUUGGCGUGGUGGCCUCCCUUCGUGACAACCUGUGCCUUCUUCAAGUGUUUAUGUACAUCCUUGGGAUUUGCCUCAUAAUCGAGCUCACUGGUGGCGUGGUGGCCUUGAUCUUCCGGAACCAGACCAUUGACUUUCUGAACGACAACAUUCGAAGAGGGAUCAAGAACUACUAUGACGACCUGGACUUCAAGAACAUCAUGGACUUUGUUCAGAAGGAGUUUAAGUGCUGUGGCGGGGAAGACUACCAAGACUGGAGCAAAAACCAGUAUCACGACUGCAACGCCCCCGGACCCCUGGCCUGCGGGGUGCCCUACACCUGCUGCAUCAGAAACACGACGAGCGUUGUCAACACCAUGUGUGGCUACAGAACUAUUGACAAGGAGCGCCUCAUUGUGCAGAACGUCAUCCACGUGCGGGGCUGCACCAACGCCGUGCUCAUCUGGUUCAUGGACAACUACACCGUCAUGGCGGGCCUGCUGCUGGGCAUCCUGUUUCCCCAGUUCCUGGGGGUGCUGCUGACGGUCCUGUACAUCACCCGGGUGGAAGAUAGCAUCGCGGAAUACUCUGCCACCUUCACUGACGGGCUCCUCGGGACGGGUGCCAAGCCCAGCAAGGAGGCGACAGGCACGGGGUGCUGCAUGUGCUACCCCGUUUAGGGCCUGUCCAGGGCAGCAGCUUCUGCAGGACUGUGCCAGGAUGGCACCACAUCGUGGGGGCUAGACAGGACAGUGGUCCUUCUCCCCACAGUUGGCACUGACCAAAGCCCAGGCUGUGCUUGCCCUGAUGGCCAGCUCAGGCCUCCUGUGGCCACUUCCUCUCCGGGGGACAGAGCCUGGGGCCCUCCCCAGCUCCGGGUUCUGUGUCCGCUCACACUGCUGGUUACGGGGAGCAAGGGUAGUCCUUCCCCAGGCCUAGGCCACUGCGGGACAGAGAGCUCAGCACUCAGCUCAGGGCUGCUUCAUUUCUGGCAGUGUCUUCUUGGCCUCUGAUGUUUAUGCCCCUCUGGGGGCGUUUUUUAGUGAUUUGUAAGAGGGGCGAGAGGAGAACGGGGUGUCCUGUGGUGAAGGAGGGGAGGGUGCAGACCUCAGGUCCCCAGUCCCCCGGCCAUGCCUCAGGGGCCAGGGUGGGCCCACUUCUCAGCCUCCAAGUGCCUUGAGCCCUCCCCAAGGGCUGCUGCUUUGCUGCCCCAUUUUUUACAUCAUUUUGUAGCAUUCGUUUUGUACACAGUUAACAGGAGUUUCUGACUAAUCAAGGCUGGGUUUUCCCAUGUGCUCUGCUCUUGCCCCUCCAAGCCAGUUUAUUAAUCAAACAAUAAAAACUUGAUUUUUUUUUUUUUU